AUGACAGAAGGCUCACAAGACCCCAGCUCUCUUCCGGGGGCUGGUAGCAACACACCACCACCCAAUGACUCCGCCGAUUCGCAGAAAUCAAAGUACGAACCAUCGCAGUCACAAACCGGAAAGCUGUGGGACGCCUUCGGAAACCCAGAAGAACCCGCGAACGCGCUCGCCCAAGCUACAUACAAGCCCCGAGGCAAGAAUCCUAAGGAUGUGCCGUACUCCGAGAUCAUCGGAUCUGUCUCGCUAUCCGAAAUGUCUACUAUUCACAAACGACCUUGUGCUCGGGAAUCAUUGUUGACUGGCAUCGGUGUCGGAUUUGGAGUCGGUGGUUUACGGGGCGUGCUGAAAGGACGGUACUAUCUAUGGUCUGCCGGAAACUGGGCUGUCGGCAUGUUCGCGGUCACUUCAUUAGCGUCAUACGAAUACUGCCGCUGGCGACGAAACAAGGAAUUGAGCGGCAUGGCAGAAGCACUCGAUCUGAUGAACCAGUUGAAGGCCAAGAAACAACGCGAGAAGGAUGCUGCAGAGGAAGAAGCCGCAUUGCGCGCACGCCUUGCUGAGCAGGAAAAGAAGAGCAAGAGUUGGACGGACCUUGCCAAUUACAAGUUCUGGUAA